UUUGAUAAUUCAUUGAUGUUUAUUUUAUUUUUGUAGUUUGUAUUGAUAGGUUGUUACUUGUUUUGCGUUUAAACUUUUUGUGCUGUUAUCAGUCUGUAAUACUAGUUAUAAAAUGGCCCAUUUACUCAAAGUGCGUACAUUAUCGGUAUUCUGUUCAAGAAAUCAUAAUUUAUUGAAUACCCGACGAUAUAGUCAUAGCUCCCAACCAUGUUACGAUAUUGUUAUAGUUGGCGGGGGCAUUGUUGGAUCAGCUUCCGCGAGGGAGCUGGCUUUGAGACAUCCAGGCCUGAAGAUCGCUUUGAUAGAAAAAGAAAAUAAAUUUGCGUUCCAUCAAAGUGGAAACAAUAGUGGUGUAAUUCAUGCAGGUAUAUAUUACAAGCCAGGGUCAUUAAAAGCCAAGCUCUGUGUCAAGGGUCUUAAUUUGGCAUAUAAAUAUUUUAAUGAGAAGGGAAUAAAAUAUUCCAAAUGUGGCAAACUCAUAGUAGCUGCUGACAAAAUGGAAGUGCCACGUCUUCUUGAUUUAUAUGACAGGGGAAUGCAAAAUGGAGUAAAGGACCUCAAAUUAAUGGAUGCUAAGGAAAUGAAGGAAUUAGAGCCAUUUGUUAAAGGACUACAAGGUAUAUGGUCACCUCACACUGGAAUUGUUGAUUGGGGAGCAGUAACUCGAUACUAUGUUAAUGAUUUUGAAAAAUGUGGGGGCAAGAGUUAUUUAAACUUUGAAGUGAAAAGGUUCUUUGAAGGUGAAAAUUCUGAAUAUCCUGUUGUAAUUUCUGACAAUAAGGAAAACACAGUUAAGGCAAAAUAUGUUCUUACCUGUUGUGGUUUGCAUUCAGACACUGUUGCUAUACUAACAGGAUGUCCUGAAGAACCAAAAAUUAUCCCAUUUAGAGGUGAAUAUCUAUAUCUCCUGCCUCAAAAAAAAAAUCUUGCUAAAGCUAAUAUUUACCCUGUGCCAGAUCCGAGAUUCCCCUUUCUUGGUGUUCAUAUAACACCAAGAAUUGAUGGACGUGUAAUUUUAGGACCAAAUGCAAUUUUAGCUUUUUGUAAGGAAGGCUACAGAUGGAGUGAUAUUAACAUAAAAGAGUUAAAAGACAUAGUAUCAUUCUCUGGCUUUCAAAAAAUGGCUUUUAAAUAUGCUGGAUUUGGAUUAAAGGAAAUGUCCAGAUCAAUUUUAAUUCCAUUGCAAGUUAAGCAAAUACAGAAAUACAUUCAGGAGAUAACAAGUGCUGAUGUGGAGAGUGGGCCCGCAGGAGUCAGGGCUCAAGCUAUGGGCAAAGAUGGAACACUUAUAGAAGACUUUGUUUUCGAUUCAAAACCAGGUUCUGGUGCAAUAGGAAGCAGGGUACUACAUUGUAGAAAUGCCCCUUCCCCUGGAGCCACAUCAUCAUUAGCUAUUGCAGAAAUGAUAGCAGACAGAAUAAAAGAAGAGUUUAAGCUUUAAACCUUAUUAUAAUAUUUUUUUUAUUUUAUACAAUAAGUAAAAUAUUUAUCUCCACUUUUAAUUAUGAAAUGUGAUAUAGAU